CUUCGCUCUCAUUUUAAGUCUGUGAGGUUUUUAGAUUAUUCUAGAAUAUCUUGAUUACUUUCAGAUUUAUUUCUUCAACUUCUUCCACCGAUCAAUGCCAAAAUGGUAGAGAAACAGCGUCGUUAGAGGUAGGGUAUAACUCGAAUUAUAGAAAUCACUACCAGAGGGCAGAAUAAAAAAGCGAUUCCUGUGCCAUCUGUUUAAAAACGGUGGAAACUAUGUGCUUCCGCAUUUUCCCGCGUUCAAAGUGUAUUCCCGCGAAAAAACCGCGCCAUACAGCAUGUGAUACGCAAUGCAGUUGCACGAAUAAGAAAUAAGUGUAUUUUAUAUAUUAAAACUUAGUAAGCAAUAUUAAUAAACGCGACAAUUAAAGUGUGUUUAAAAAAAUAUUUUGUGUAAUCGUUUUGCGAACAAAGCGUUGUAGGUUAAAAAAUAAUAGAAUAAGAAUGUCAGAAAAUUGACGUAUGUAUAUACUUAACAUAUAUUACUCUGUUUGUAAAGGACAAAUUUUUCCAAAAAGUAAAGUUUGUGUAUGUUAAUACCGUAAGUGCCUUAAAACAUACGUAAAAAUGUCAGGUAUUCAAACAACAAUUCCGUUUAAUGUACGAAAGAAAUGUUCAUUUUACGGAAGCAAACGUAAUGCAAUAAUACAAGAUUUUACCGAUGCGACUGCUAGAGAUUCUUCUUACAAAUAUACACCAACUGUAAAAAAAGUGAUUACUUUAAGUAGCAGUGAAUCAGAUUCAGAUUCAGAAAAUGUUUUGGUGGAGAGUAAUAUAAAAUCUUGUGAUAAGGGUACAAUCAUCCACACACCUCGACGUACCCGGAAGUCUGACGGAUCUGAUGAAGAACAUACUCCAACACCUCCAAAACAAAAAAGGAUGGGCAAAACAUUGCCACUAUCAUCUCCAACAACACCCUCUACCCUUUUUGAUAAGCUGAAUAUAAUGUCACCCCCUGGCAAAGAAGAAAAAUUAGUCCCUAAAAAAUUAUUUAGUUCUGAAAAGUAUCGAAAUGCCCGUAAAGCUUUACAUAGUUCAGUACCUGAGAAUUUGCCUGGCAGAGAAAUGGAACUAAAUCAAUUACAAGAAUUCAUGGAAGGGCAUUUAAAGAAUGAAACAUCAGGCUCUUUAUAUGUAUCAGGACCUCCUGGUACUGGAAAAACAGCAUGCCUUUCAAAAUUAAUACUAAAGCCUGAAUUUAAAUCACAGUUUAAAGUUAUCUAUGUUAAUUGUACCACUAUGAAAUCUGCAACUACAAUUUAUGCGAAAAUUAUUCAAGAAUUGGGUUUAUCUACAUCAAAAACUGUAAAAGACAAAAAAGCAGCUAUUGAAAAAUACUUAAUUUCUAAACAUAAAAUGUUAUUAAUGAUUUUGGAUGAAAUAGAUCAAUUAGAAAGCAAAAAUCAAUCUGUAUUAUAUUCUAUUUUCGAAUGGCCAUCAAUGCAUAAUUCAAAACUGAUUCUGGUUGGCAUUGCUAAUGCUUUGGAUUUGACAGAUAGGAUAUUGCCAAGGUUACAGGCUAGAUGUGAACUAAAACCAAAGUUGAUGCACUUUUCAUCAUACACAAAACAGCAAAUAUCUAAUAUAAUAUCUGAUAGAUUAAGCGAAGCAAAGGUAUCUGAUUUAUUCACUGGACCUGCAAUACAAAUGUUAUCUGGAAAAGUUGCUGCUAUUUCUGGAGAUAUUAGAAGAGCAUUGGAUAUCAGUAGAAGAGUAAUUGAAUUUGCAGAGUCUCAUAAAUUAGAACAAGUGUUACAGCCAAUGAAUAACACAGAAAUAGAUACAAGUAGUCCUAAAAAGCAGCCUCCAGGAGAGAAACCUGUAGAUUUAAAAGAAAUCAUUGCAGUUUUAAAUGAUGUUUAUGGAGGAUCUCAAAAUAUUGAAAAAGAAGAAAGCACAUUUCCUUUACAACAAAAGUUGUUAUUGUGUUCUCUUCUACUUAUUUUAAACAAAGGAAGAAUUAAAGAUGUGACAGUGAGAAGAUUACAUGAAGUGUAUAAAAAAGUUUGCAAAAAACGGAAUAUUCAUGCCGUUGACGCUUCAGAGUUCUUUAAUUUAUGUUCCUUGAUAGAAACUAGAGGUAUUUUAAAAUUAAUAAGAAAAAAGGAACCUCGUUUAUCAAAAGUUAAUUUGGAAUGGGACCAAGAAGAAUUGGAUGCAGCUUUACAAGACAAAAAUAUGAUGGCAGAAAUCAUCAAUGACACAAGUUGUUUGUAGUACUGUUCACAUAAAUUAUUAUUAUUAUUAUUUAUUAGGUUGUAUAUUGUGUUUAUUAAGCAGCAUAGAACAUUAUAUUUUUAUAACGCUAUACGACAAUUGUUUUACAGUAUAUAACUUAUAAAUUAGCAUGUUCUGUUAAAUUAUUGUGUUUUUAAAGUUAUCAUAUGAUUAGUUGAUUGCAAUAUCUAAUAUGUAUAUAGUGUACGUCAUAAAUUCUCAGCCUUUAAAUGUUUUGUUUAAAAAUUGUAUGUAUAAGAUGUUACACCAUAUUUUUUCGAACGUUUGUAACAAAUAGAUAGCGCACGCCUUUAUUUAAAAUUACGUUUUACCAUCACUCGGUUUUCUUUAAGUUUUAAUAAAUUUAUUAUAUUUUUAA